AUGUCGAUACCAGAUCGUUAUAAGCUGGUCUUCACUGUUCCACCCUCAGACCUAGAAGCCUGUAAAGAAGCCAUCUUUGCAACUGGCGCAGGCACCUUCCCGGGCGGCACAUACAGCCACGUCUGUUUCCAGACCACUGGACAGGGCCAAUUUCGUCCGAAUAAAGGCGCAACUCCAGCGAUUGGGGCCGUUGGAGUGCUGGAGAAGCUAGAGGAGGUGAAGGUGGAAAUUAUGUGUCUUGGACGAGAGGUGAUGGUGAACGCGGUGGAGGCUCUGGUCAAGGCGCAUCCCUAUGAGGUAGUUGCAUAUGAAGUUUAUCGGAUGGAGAAUGUAUAG